AUGGAAGUUCUACCAUUGUCCCUGUCGCUACUGCUAUUAUUGAACACCAAUGACGCUACGAUCGCUCAGGAGGAAGUGUCCUUUCUCGAUGAUCCUCCAUUUAUAACGCUCUAUCGGAAGAUACACAACUUUCUGUUUGACAAUGUCGGUCCAAUUUCGGACCGAUUAAAUCAGGCUCGCUCGCAAGGGAAAGUACAAUCUCCCGUACCAUCUGAGCAAGUUUUUCCCUGUCCUACGGAAGGCAUGCGGAGCUCCAAAGUUCCUAUCUCGGUUCACGAACUACGUCCUGGAGACAUCGACGUGAUAGCAGCUCUCGGUGAUUCGCUAACCGCCGGCACGGGAGUGCUGGCAACCGGAAUUCUCGAGCUGAUCAUCGAGAAUCGAGGCCUGUCGUGGUGCAUCGGAGGACAGGGUACCUGGCGUCAAUAUCUAACUCUACCGAACAUACUGAAGGUGUUCAAUCCGAACCUGAAUGGUUAUGUCGUUGCCGACAGUCUAUCCAUCGACAGGGAGUCAAGAUUUGACGUGGCCGAAAUAGGCGGCAUGAGUCAGGAUCUGCCGCACCAAGCGAGAAAUCUCAUCAAACGUAUGCAGUCGGAUCGAACGGUCGAUAUCAAAAAUCAUUGGAAGCUGAUAACUAUUCUCAUCGGACAUAAUGAUUUCUGUAGCCGCAUCUGCUACCUGCCCAAGCCCGAGAAAGCACUCUACCAACAUGAGCAAAAUUUGCUGGAAACCUUGAGACUACUUCGCAAGUAUCUGCCGAGAACUAUGGUUAAUAUUGUGGCAACAAUCAAUGUUAGCAUCUUGAGAACGUUCAUCCCGAAGCCAGCGUCGUGCGUUACCACCCAUUCGUUCGAGUGUUCCUGUGUGUUUGGAGCACGGUUUGAGUCCUUCCAACCGCGGCUGGAGCGUAUCAUGAAGCAGUGGAACCGAGUACAGCAGACCGUCGCCGAGCGGGACGAGUUCUCCAGUGACUCCGAUUUCGUCGUUAACUAUCAACCAUUUCCGGAGCAUCUGACGCUGCCUACGCUCCAGAACGGUGACACCGAUGCAGGCAUCGCCUCGGUCGAUUGUUUCCAUUUCAGCCAACGGGGACACGCGAUCGCGGCGAACAGCUACUGGAACAAUCUGAUCGAUCUCGUGGGCAAUAAGUCGGAGCUGGUGCACAGGGAGUUUGAACGUUUCAACUGUCCGAUGAAGGGAAGACCGUUUCUUGCGACGAGUAAGAACAGUUUAGGACGGUUCUGA